AUGGCUUCUGACAAAUAUCUUAAGAUUGAUCGUGACUCGUUCCCCUACAUCUUUAUACAACACAAGGAGAUCCCGCUGAAAACAUACGACACUGGCUUCCUGCGUUGCAACAUCUAUCUUCCCGCAGAUGCAGCGCCUUUUGGCAGUCGACAGUACCCUGUCAUUGCGACCUAUGGCCCAUACGGGAAAGAUGUUCCUUAUAAGGUCUUCUUCCCCAAAUCUUGGGAUCAGCUCAACCCGGCAAUGAAAUCCGAGCACGCCGCCUGGGAAACCCCAGAUCCGGGCUAUUGGACAUCAAAAGGCUAUGUUGUCGUGCGGGUAGACGAGCGCGGCGCAGGUCAAAGUCCAGGAGAACUUGAUACGAUGUCACGGGGCACUAGUGAGGCCUUUUACGACGUGAUAGAGUGGUGUUCAGAACAAGAGUGGUCAUCCGGCAAAGUUGGACUACUUGGUAUAAGCUAUUAUGCAGGCACCCAGUGGAGAGUGGCUGCGAGAAGACCAAAAGGCUUGGCAGCCAUCAUCCCAUGGGAGGGUAUGAGCGACUAUUACCGCGAUCGUGUGAGGCAUGGCGGUAUACUCUCCGAUAGAUUCAUCAAAUUUUGGUGGGAGAAUGCUGUCAACAAGAAUCAGUACGGCAAGCCCGGUCGUACGGCCGGAGGAUGGGGUUCUGAUACUCUGGAUGGAGAUCUCGACGAGGCAUCCCUGGUCGCCAACCGACGAAACCAGAUGGAUGAUACAGCGAACCACCGGUUUCUUGAUGAGGAGUACUAUUCCAGUCGCAACUUUGACGUUGAGAACAUUGAGGUCCCACUCCUUAGUGUCGCGAAUUGGGGUGGAAUUCUUCUUCACCUUCGUGGCAACGUUCUUGGUUGGAUGCGCGCCUCUUCCAGAUACAAAUUUCUGCACUUCAUCGUCGGUCGGCACGAUUUGCCGUUCUAUUACAACCACUCCGCCAAGUUGCAGCUGUCAUUCUUCGAUUCUUUUCUCAAGGACAACGACUAUGACGGCUGGAAGACUGGUGAGCAACCACGCGUAAAGUUGACCUUACGAAAAGGUGAUUGCGGCGUCGACGAUCCGGUGCGUGAACUUGGGUUUCCAACACGCGGAGAGGCUGAUUGGCCAAUACCUGACACAAAGUAUACAAAGUUCUUCUUGAACGCACAACACGAGUUGUCAGAAACUCAGAAAGAUGAGAGGAUAACAAUCUCAUACGAAGCAUUGACCAAUGAGCCAGUGCAGUUCAGGCACACUGCUGCCACAGCUCUAGAGGUGACUGGCCACAUACUAGCACACUUGAGCGUCUCAACAAGUAGCAAGAACGGGACACACCCUACCGACAUCGACCUAUUUCUCACUCUACGAAAGUUGGCUAAAGAUGGAUCGGAGGUCUUCUACACAGGCACAAUGGGUGACCCUGUUCCACUCGUUAAAGGCUGGCAGCGUGUGUCAUUGCGUAAAACCGACCCCUCAAACUCCCUUCAUCGUCCGUACUUGCCCUAUCGAAACUACUACGCCUCGGACGUAGAGGAAGUGCAAGCUGGUGAGGUUUACAAAGUUGAUGUCGAAGUUUGGCCAACAAAUUUUGUAUUAGAGGCUGGAGAGACAUUGUUGUUUGAGCUUGCGGGACACGAUACCCAAGGUGUAGGCAACUUUUCUCACGAUCACCCCCAAGACCGGAAGACAGGUGUUCUGAGCGGGACAAACAAUAUCCACGUUGGAGGCGACGAUAGCUGGUUAUUGAUCCCUAUCAUUCCAGAGAGGUAG